AUUCCAGUCGGCUUCGGCCCAUGCCAGAACUAAUAGUACCACCACUAGUAGGGAAAUUGGAAAAGAAUAAGUAAAGGUUGUUCGGGAGGUGAGAGGAGGGAGGUGGAUCAAGCUCAUCGCCGACCAUUUAAGAGGAUUGAGCCGCUUUUAGGACGGUCGGAGGCGGCUAAAGAGAAGCUUGGAGCAAAGGAAGCAGGGAGAAGACAAAGGGAGGGAUUAGGUGUGGCGUGUUCUUUUGCUAGCUAGGACACGUGUCAUCAUUUUAGGUGUGGGACAGAGAAGAGGGACAGAGACAUCAGGGGAUCCGGAGCCAUGACGCCGACAUCUGCCAAAGUUAAAUUUUUUAUUUUUUAUUUUAUAAUUUGUUGAUAAACGGGGCAAUAGACGGCGUUACGUUGGCGAGCACAAACUUGACGCCGUUUUUGUUUAACAUCAUGAGUUGGGACUUCUCAAUAAACCCUGCCAAGGGUUUUUGCGGCAGGGUUUUUGAGAGUUGCAGAGAACUUCUCUCUCUCUUCCUUCAAGAAUUCGUCUCCACAACUGUUUUUCCCCAUCGCACUACGUCAUACAUCACACCGACCGGACUCCUCGUCUCUACGGAGAGGAAGGUUGGGGGGAGAGAUGCCUUCGAAAUCGAAGAAGACUUCAAAAGCGGCGUUGAAGCACUCGUAUUUUGACCGGUCUGUAUCUCCUCAGAGUUCAUCGUCUUCGACACCACUUCCAGAACCUAAAGUUAGUGAAGAAGAUUUCUUGUGUUCUCUUGAAGAAGCAAGUGACAAAUACCCUUCUCUGAUUGGCACAUCCUCCUUUAUUGGCUGCGUUACUGAUGUUGAGAUCGAGUCCAAAGGCUGUAAGAUAUGGCUUUCAGAAUCUUCUAUGGUUGCUUUCUCCCUUGCUCCUGGUUGCACUGUAUCGGUGUCCCUUGCAUCUUCCAGGAAGAGAUUUUCAAAGAGCUUCCCCCUCUGCUCAUUAACUGAUGAAUGUGCAAAUCAUUUUGGUAUUGGUUGCAGUGAUAAGAUGGUUACAGAUGUGGGGAACUACUUUGCUCUAGCUACAGUUUUUCCUUCUUCUAAGGUUUUGAAUAAUGGGGUGCGGUUGUCUUCAAACCUGUCUUGCACAUUGGGUUACCCUGCUUCCGACAGGAUCAUUUUUGUAUAUCCGAUUCAAGGACAAUCAACUAUGGGGAUUAAUGGAAACGUCAAAUUGAAUGGCCCCUCAACGAAGUGUUUAUCGUUAUUGAAUUGCAAUGAAUUAUAUCUGGGAUUCGUUUCCGCAAAGAGGGGGUUCACAGAUAAUGGUAGUACGUUGUCUGGCAGAGAUUUUUCUGAACAAAGAACGCGUAGUCGAUUGGAAAACAAAGGAAAUUCAUCCCCUAUGACACCAGUUUGCUCUCAGUCAAAACUUAGUUCUCUUGUAACUAGUCAGUCGCCCUUGCCAAGAUAUGAAGAGUCAGUAUCAAGUUCACCCAACUUACAUGAGACAUCUUUUGAUGCAUUUAAGAUAACAGAAGUAUUAGGAGAUGACAGUGCCAAAAAACUUCUCCAGUCCUGUGCUGCUAUGUGGUUAUGUUCCCGUAUUUUACUGCACGGAAAUUUUGUGCAUAUUCCGAUUCUUUCAAAGAUCUGCAUUUUUCAGGUCAUUGGUGCUCGUGGAAUGUCAGUAAAUUGUACUAAUCAGGAUUUGACUGAUAAAUCUAAUUGGGACUUGAGCUGUGAUACUCCUGAUAAUAUGCAGCAUGUGCAGGAUGCUUUUGUUGUAAACCAUAAAACAAAGGUACAUUUAUUUUCAACUUCAGAUUCUUCAGUGGAAACUCCACAGAGAAGAGUUUUACCUUGUCUAGAACUCGAAUCUGAAGGUAACAUAGCUGAUGUAGUGGAUGAUUCGUUGAAAUUGGGUGGUCUGGCCAAAGAAUAUACAGUAUUGAAGGAUAUAAUAGAUUCAUCGGUGAACGACACUUUGUCAAGACUGGGUUUACGACCUACAAAAGGAGUGCUUCUUCAUGGCCCACCUGGCACAGGAAAGACUUCUUUGGCUAAGAAAUGUGCUUAUGAUUCUGGUGUCAACCUCUUCACUGUGAAUGGACCUGAACUUGUUAGUCAAUAUUACGGAGAAAGUGAGAAAGCACUGCAUGAGGUCUUUGCUUCAGCUAGCCAAGCUACACCUGCAGUGAUAUUUAUCGAUGAGUUGGAUGCCAUUGCGCCUGCACGAAGGGAUGGAGGUGAGGAGCUAUCUCAGAGAAUGGUUGCAACUUUGUUAAAUUUGAUGGAUGGAAUUUGUAGGACUGAUGGCCUACUUAUCAUUGCUGCAACCAACAGGCCUGACAGUGUUGAGCCUGCACUCAGACGGCCGGGUAGACUUGACAGGGAGAUUGAAAUAGGUGUGCCAUCUCCAAAACAACGACAUGACAUACUGCUUGCCCAUCUUAGUGAGAUGGAACACUCUCUUUCAGAGGUGCAAGUUCAACACCUUGCUACAGCUACACAUGGCUUCGUGGGUGCUGAUCUAGCUGCUCUCUGCAAUGAAGCAGCCUUGAUCUGUCUUAGAACCCAUAUUGAAUUCAUCAAAUCCUGUGAUGAUUCAGAUGCCAGCAGGACAUCCAUUGUGGGAGAUGGGUUCUAUAAUGCUACAACAGAAAGCUCUUAUUGUUCUAAAGAUACUCUUGAUUCUGCAUCUUCUUCUAUCACACACUUCGUUGGUUUGGCAAAGAUACAGAAUGCUGUUGAAGGUUUGGAAAAUGGAGUUUGUGGUGCAGCGGAGCAGAUUCUUAAAGUGACUUUUGAAGAUUUUGAAAAGGCUAAAAUGAAAGUUAGACCGAGUGCCAUGCGGGAGGUGGUACUGGAGGUCCCAAAGAUUAACUGGGAAGAUGUUGGUGGCCAGAAGGAGGUUAAGACACAGUUAAUGGAAGCUGUAGAAUGGCCCCAAAAGCACCAGGAUGCUUUCAAGCGUAUUGGGACCCGUCCACCGACUGGUGUUUUGCUGUUUGGUCCUCCGGGCUGCAGCAAAACCCUUUUGGCACGUGCAGUGGCUUCUGAAGCUGGGCUGAAUUUCCUUGCAGUAAAGGGCCCAGAGCUAUUCAGCAAAUGGGUUGGUGAGUCUGAAAAGGCUGUUAGGUCCCUGUUUGCAAAGGCAAGGGCAAAUGCUCCGUCAAUCAUAUUUUUCGAUGAAAUAGAUGGUCUUGCUGUCAUCCGUGGCAAGGAAAGUGACGGGGUUUCAGUUGCGGAUAGGGUUAUGAGUCAACUUCUUGUUGAAUUGGAUGGUUUGCAACAAAGAGCUAAUGUUACUGUUAUUGCUGCUACAAAUCGGCCGGAUAAGAUUGACCCUGCCCUUCUAAGACCAGGACGCUUUGACAGGGUACUCUAUGUGGGGCCACCUAGUGCAAGUGAUCGAGAAGACAUAUUUCGCAUCCAUUUGCGCAAAAUGCCAUGUGCACCUGAUGUCUGUGUUGAGGAACUUGCUACUCUCUCUGAAGGCAGUACUGGGGCUGAUAUCUCUUUGAUUUGCCGUGAAGCAGCACUCGCAGCUAUUGAAGAGAGCCUUGAUGCCGCAAGUAUAAGAAUGGAACACCUGAAAAUGGCAAUUAAGCAAGUACAACCAUCUGAAAUCCAGUCUUAUGAGGAAUUAUCAGUAAAGUUCCAAAGGCUUGUCCACUCUAGUGCCAAAACUGAUGGUUUAGAACAUCAACCAAGCUCAAGAAGAUCAAAUUGGAAGUCUCUCUGGGAACUGGUGAUGGUCUGUGCCAAAUGAAAGUUCUUUAAUAGUUGCUGACAAACGGUUUGAAGAUAUCAGAGGAAUCAAGAUCUCAUGCGACAAACCCUCAUGUGAUGGAAAUGAGACCUUACCAAACUAGGGGACGGGUGAUGGGACCUACCAAGUUUUCAUUUGGCGAUCCUCCGACUUCAUUUUGUUAGUCUCGAUAUGUACAUCGCCCAUGCAUAAGAUUAAGUCAAUCUCAGAAUUAGUACGACCCCCUUUGUCGUAAAAGAAUUAAACGGUUAAACUCUAAUUGUCCAUUUCUCUUAAGACAAAUGUGAGUCGAUCAAAGCCUUUAACAAUGUCAGAUCAAUCUGAUUUUCGCUGACGAGCAAAAAAAAAUCUGUUUUUCGCUGAUUUAUUUACACAUGGUCUACAAAAUAAACAUAUUGGAUCGUCAAAUGGAAACAUAAACUUGGUUGGUCCCAUUUUGCUUUUGCGUCACAUAAGAGGUUACAAGACGUUUACCUAAAUUGCUUGGUGUUGACAAAUAGCUUAGAUGUAGCAUUUGUUAAUAUGUUCUGCAGGGUGAGAGGAUUGGUGUCAAAUGAUCAGAUUCUCAGGAAACAGGUUAUUGGAAGAUCUUAUCAGAGAUUUGUGGAGGUCUUUUGUAGUUUCUUUGCUGACGAUGAUAGAAUGGAGGAGAUUUGGAACCUUCCCUAUAUCUGCCUUUCAGUUGCCCUAAACUUUGAGAAGUCAGGCAUAGGCUGAACCUUUUCAUUAAGUGCUAGGAAAGUUUCAGAAAUAAGAAACGUUAAAUUUCAGUGAUCUAAAGGUACUCAGUACUCCGUCCUUUACGUGUCCCAUAAUGGUCAUCCACUUGGAAAGUUUUAGGCAUAUAUUACCCUUUACCUUUGUGCAUCUCUCUCUUUCUGGCUUACUUUCAUUAUGCAGUUUUUCCAGGACAUUUACCUCUUCUACUAAUCCAAGUGGAAAUAUUCUCUCUAUCGGCAAUGCAGGCGAUGGUGAAUUCUGUUGUGCAGUUUUCAUGUGGUUCAUCACAUUUCUGCUGCCAAAAUUGGCCCCCAGGCUCCUAAUCAACAAGCUGCUACGUACAAAUAACAUAAACCGAGAAGAAGAAAGAUCACAUAUUUGUGCUUCGAACAUUGUGGUUAUCGUUGUACUGUUGGCCAGAUGGUGGUAGAGAGCUCAGUUUACCAGAAAAGAAAUACGGAUUCUAGUAUGAUCAAAAUUUCUUCAGAGCCUGUCCUCUUUUUGUAUAUUAUGCUGUUUAUGUUUCUCACUUGCUUCCGUAAUUAAAAAAAGCGUGUACCCUAAUUUUGAAUUAUUUUAAUCAUGUGGUUACGGAUGCCCUAGUAACUUGGGUUUUAAGAGCA